CUAUAUAAAUGUGCGUCGUGAUGCCAAUCCCCCCUUUAUACUCGCCCAAUUCCUACCACUAGUCGACAACAUGGAGGAUAGCAUGUCCAUGGAGAACAUGAGGCCGCAAAAUUUCCUCUUCGGAUGUGAGCUCGUUGGAAAUCAAGAGCACGAGGUCAUCUUUCACGAUGAUGAAAAUGAACACCAGUUGUCCAUCAGGACGGUGUGUGUGGAUGCGGGUGCAAAGGAUGAACUGCACAUUGUGGAGGUCGAAGGCCUGGACUCGGAUGGCAACACCAUUAAGGCCGUGAUUGCUUCUCUGAAGCCGUCCUUGCAGCCUAUGGUUAGCCUGGGUGGGUUUGAGAUGGCACCUCCUGUUACCUUCAGACUGAAGAAAGGCUCUGGCCCAGUUCACAUCAGCGGACAGCAUCUUGUUGCCCUAUGUGAAGAUAUGUCCUCAGAUGAGGAGGAUGAGGAAGAGUCUGAGAAUUCCAAACCACAAAUGAAAAGGCCUGCACCAGCUCGAGCAGAUUCCAUACAACUGAAGAAAAAAGCCAAGCUGGCAGAGGAAGAUGAAGACGACCUGGAGGAUGAGGAUGAGGAUGAUGAUGACGAUGACGACGAGGAUGAGGAAGAUGAUGAUGAUGAAGAGGAGGAGGAAGAAGAAGAAAAAACUCCUGUAAAGAAACUGACAGGAAAAACCCCAACUAGUCAGAAUGGCAAGCCGUCCAAGCCCGCAGUGCAGACCCCCAAGCAGGACUCCAAGGAAACGAAAGGAAAACCUCAGACUCCUGGCACACCACGGCCCCCCCUAACUAUUGAAGAGGUCAAGGCAAAAAUGAAUGGCUUUGUGGAAAAAGGUUCGUCACUCCCAAAGGUCGAAGCCAAGUUUGUUAACUUUGUGAAGAACUGCUUCCACAUAGAAGACAAAAAGACUGUGCAGGACCUCUGGAAGUGGAGGCAGACCAUCAAAGAUAAGAAGUGAGCCCCUCGCUGUCUGUGGUGUGUGUGGACUCGCAGGCCUCCUUCCCCGUUUUUUGUUUGUUUGUUUGUUGUUUUGUUUUUUUUUUUUAUUAAAGUUUCUCAAUCCGUGCCACAGUCGUUACCCUG